CGGUUCCCCCACCGACGGAAAGUUUGGGGCGGGCUUGGACCGUGGCCGAUGUUGUGGGAUCAGAUUUCCCUAGCGCGGCCCCCCGCCCUCCCGUUCUGCUGGGGAGGCUGGCUGACACUGAGAAUCAGCCCUCUCAUCGGAGCUCGGCCGCCGGGUCUCGCGCCGAAGCGCCGCGAUCCACGAUCGGCUGCUCCGGGUGUGCAAGUGUGGGGCACAAAUUCUGGUCCUGCACCCCUCCAUCCACCUGGCUGUCCGCGUCCCAUUGCCUUGGAAAGAGUUGGGGGUUGGGUCACCGUACGCGGGCGGAUUCUCCGAGCACGCCACCGAGUUCUGACCCCAGCGUAGGGUAAUUGGUAGAGGGGAAGCUGAGGGUGUGUCAGGGGGACUGCCCGGGGGAAGGCAACCUCCCCCCUCCACCCCGCCUUCCCGCGCUGGGGUUCUGGGCCGACAGGGGGCGUCCGCAAGCCGGGUUUUGCCACGCUCCCAGCGCCGCUUUGUUUGCAUUCAAAUCCCCGGAGCUGGGGGAGGGGAGAGCCCACAGUAGAGAAACCUGGACAGGGUCUUGGCUUGGAACCUUUGUUUUGGGGUGAAAACCCCAGAUUCUGCAUAUCUGUUCCCGGCCCCGAGUGUGUCUGGGUUAGUGGAAGUCGGUCCCGUUGGCCUAGUGCCUAGGCCAGGGUCCCCAGGGUGCAAUCCCCGAGUUAAGAACGUUCGCCGGAGCCGGAGGGGAAACGCAGCCUCGAGGGCCAUUCGUGGGCAUCCCCUAUGCUCCAGGAGAAACCCUCUCUGGCCUCCCUAAUCCAUUUCACUUCCUUCUACGACCCCUCCCCCGCCGCGGUGAGGAGCUCCCCAUAAGCCCGGAGCCGACUCGUUUCCCGGCCGCCUCUCUGACGGAGGGUCAGUGUCUCGUAGAAGGCUGUUGGAAGAACAGGACUGGCCCUGGUCAUUUCCACGCCCAUCCCACCCACUUCCUGCCUCCCUCUUGGGCAACAAAGGGGCCUCGGGAAGCUGGGCCCGUUUGGUUCGCGACUCCUACUCCAGCCCUGCUGAUGUGGAACCGGGUUUGGGCUCUGCCCGGCUAUUGUCUGCGCUGGGGGAGGGGACAGGCUGGGGCCGGGAACUCUGCACGCAGCCUGCUGGACCAAGUCCCCCACUGGGGGGUCUUUGCCUAACUGCCUGCCUGCCUCUGCCGACAGGGCUGCUGGACUGGAAUUUAGAGCCUGGGUGUUUGCUAUGGCCCCACACUGGGCUGUCUGGCUGCUGGCAGCAGGGCUGUGGGGCCUGGGCAUUGGGGCUGAGGUGUGGUGGAACCUUGUGCCCCGGAAGACAGUAUCUUCUGGGGAGCUGGCCACAGUAGUGAGGCGGUUCUCCCAGACGGGCAUCCAGGACUUCCUGACCUUGACCCUGAGGGAGCACUCCGGGCUUUUAUAUGUGGGGGCCCGAGAGGCGCUGUUUGCCUUCAGCGUAGAGGCUCUGGAGCUCCGAGGAGUGAUCUCCUGGGAGGCCCCGGUUGAGAAGAAGAUCGAGUGUACCCAGAAAGGGAAGAGCAACCAGACCGAAUGCUUCAACUUCAUCCGCUUCCUUCAGCCAUACAAUGCCUCCCACCUGUACGUCUGUGGUACCUAUGCCUUCCAGCCCAAGUGCACCUACAUCGACAUGAUCACUUUCACCUUGGAGCGGGGAGAAUUUGAGGACGGGAAGGGGAAAUGUCCCUAUGACCCAGCUAAGGGCCACACCGGACUGCUUGUGGAUGGUGAGCUGUUCUCGGCCACACUCAACAACUUCCUGGGUACGGAGCCCGUCAUCCUGCGAAACAUGGGGCCCCACCACUCCAUCAAGACCGAGUACCUGGCGUUUUGGCUGAAUGAACCCCACUUUGUAGGCUCUGCCUAUGUCCCCGAGAGUGUGGGGAGCUUCACAGGGGACGAUGACAAGGUCUACUUCUUCUUCAGUGAGCGGGCAGUGGAGUAUGACUGUUAUGCUGAGCAGUUGGUGGCCCGUGUAGCUCGAGUCUGUAAGGGAGACAUGGGGGGCGCACGGACCCUGCAGAAGAAGUGGACAACCUUCCUAAAAGCACAGUUGGUGUGCUCAGCCCCCGAGUGGAAGGUCUACUUCAACCAGCUUCGGGCCGUGCACACCCUGCUGGGUACCUCUUGGCACAACACCACCUUCUUCGGGGUUUUUCAAGCGCGAUGGGGUGAUAUGGACCUGUCAGCGAUCUGUGAGUACCAGUUGGAACAGAUCCAGCAGGUGUUCGAGGGUCCCUACAAAGAAUACAGUGAGCAAGCCCAGAAGUGGGCCCGCUAUACUGACCCAGUCCCCAGUCCUCGUCCUGGUUCGUGUAUCAACAAUUGGCAUCGCCACAAUGGUUACACCAGUUCUCUGGAGCUACCUGACAACAUCCUCAACUUCAUCAAGAAGCACCCACUGAUGGAGGAGCAGGUGAGGCCUCGGUGGGGCCGCCCCUUACUUGUAAAGAAGAACACUAACUUCACACACGUGGUGGCCGACAGGGUCACAGGACUUGAUGGCGCCACCUAUACAGUGCUGUUCAUCGGUACAGGAGAUGGCUGGCUGCUGAAGGCUGUGAGCCUGGGGCCCUGGGUCCACAUGGUGGAGGAGCUGCAGAUAUUUGACCGGGAGCCGGUGGCAAGUCUGGUGCUGUCUCAGAGCAAGAAGGUGCUUUUUGCUGGCUCUCGCUCUCAGCUGGUUCAGUUACCCCUGACUGACUGCACCAAGUACCGAUUCUGUGCUGACUGCGUCCUGGCCCGCGACCCCUACUGUGCCUGGAAUGUCAACACCAGCCGCUGUGUGGCCACCGCCAGUGCUCACUCAGGAUCCCUUCUGGUCCAACAUGUGACGAACUUGGACACCUCGAAGAUGUGUAACCAGUAUGGCAUUAAGAAGGUCAGACCUACUCCUAAGAACAUCACAAUAGUCACAGGCACAGACCUGGUUCUGCCCUGCCACCUCUCAUCCAAUUUGGCCCACGCUCGCUGGACCUUCAGAGGCCGGGACCUGUCUGCGGAGCAACCUGGCUCCUUCCUCUAUGACAGAGGACUCCAGGCACUGGUAGUGAUGGCUGCCCAGCCCCGCCACACUGGGCCCUAUCACUGCUACUCGGAGGAGCAGGGGACAAGGCUGGCUGCAGAAAGCUACCUUGUCUCUGUUGUGGCUGGCCCGUCUGUGACCCUGGAGGCCCGGGCUCCCUUGGAAAACCUGGGGCUCGUAUGGCUAGCAGUGGUGGCUCUGGGGGCUGUGUGCCUGGUGUUGCUGCUGCUGGUUCUGUCCCUUCGUCGGCGACUUCGAGAAGAGCUUGAAAAAGGUGCCAAGGCAGCAGAGAGGACAUUGGUGUACCCCCUAGAAAUGCCCAAGGAACCAACCAGCCCCCCGUUUCGUCCCGGCCCCGAAACAGAUGAGAAACUUUGGGAUCCCGUCGGCUACUACUAUUCAGAUGGCUCUCUCAAGAUCGUGCCUGGUCAUGCCCGGUGCCAGCCUGGAGGUGGGCCCCCUUCUCCACCUCCUGGCAUACCUGGCCAGCCCCUGCCUUCUCCGACUCGGCUUCACCUAGGGGGUGGUCGGAACUCAAACGCCAAUGGUUAUGUGCGCUUACAGCUGGGAGGGGAGGACCGCGGAGGACUUGGGCACCCCCUGCCGGAGCUCGCCGAUGAACUGCGACGUAAGCUGCAGCAGCGCCAGCCACUGCCUGACUCCAACCCAGAGGAGUCCUCAGUAUGAGAGGACCCCCGCCUCACUGGCGGGGGGUUCCGUGGGAGGUACACUCUUACCUUUUGCACAGGCACCAGCUACCUCAGGGACAUGGCGGGAGCACUUGCUUGGCCUGGGACAGACAUUGCCCAGCAUUUGCCCAGCCAUGAGGACCUGCUCAGCGUGGGCACUGCCACUUGGUGUGGCUCACCAGGGCAUCAGCCUCACAGGCGGCAUGCCCUCCUCUGUGAAUUUCAGACAUGUGGGACCCCAGCAGCCAAACCUUUGCAAGGCGGAAGUUUCAAGAUGUGGGUGUUUGCGCGUAUAUGUGUUGGUGUAUGGGUGUGUGUGUGUGUGUGUGUGUGUGUGUGUGUGUGUGUGUGCGUGCGUGCGUGCGUGCGUGUAGGUGUGUCUCUGUCAAGUCUUCCCUUGGCCUGGGGUCCUCCUGGUGAGUCUUUGGAGCUAUGAAGGGGAAGGGGGUCAUACCACUUUGCCUCUCCUACCCCCACCUGUCCUGAGCUUGGGACAGUGAUGUACAUAUGGGGAUGGGAUGGACAGGGUGUUGUACCCCUUUGGGGGAGUGCAGGACUCAGGGGUGGGCCUAGUCCUGCUCCUAGGGCAGUGAAUGUUUUCAGGG